AUGGCGUCCAAAAGCACGAGCACGACGGACCACGGCAAGCUGGAGACCGUCCCCUUCUUCAUCAACGGGAAAGAUGUCUUGGGCAGCAAGACCUUUGAUGUCUCGAAUCCGGCCACGGGCAAAGUGGUCCACAAGUGCAGCAGCGCAGGCGAGGACGAUGCCUUGGCCGCAGUCGACGCGGCGGCUAAGGCUCUCCCCGCCUGGAAGGCAUUGCUGCCACCAAAGCGGCGCGAGAUCCUUCUGAAGGCUGCAGAGGUCAUGGAGAGGCGGCGGGAGGAGCUGGCGACUACGCAUAUGGAAGAGCUGGGGGUUCCCAGGCAAUGGGCGGAUUUCAACAUCACGGUCGCCCAGAGCUUGAUUCUCGACGCGGCCGGACGGCUUGUCGCGAUUGAAGGCUCGAUCCCCACGCCUCAAGACCCCAGCACGGGCGCUCUGGUGCUGAGAGAACCGUUUGGUGUGGUUCUGGCGAUAGCCCCAUGGAAUGCUCCCUACAUCCUUGGGACCCGGUCUGUCGUCUUUCCCCUGGCGGCUGGGAACACUGUUGUCUUCAAGCCCAGCGAGUUCUGCCCCAAGACCAUGCGGGGCAUCUGCUCUGUGCUUGCAGAGGCUGGUCUGCCAGAGGGAGUGCUCAACAUGAUCGUCCAUGAGCCGGCUAACGCUGCAGCCGUGACCGCCUCGCUGAUCGCUCACGACCACAUCAAGAAGGUAAAUUUCACGGGCUCCACCAUAGUUGGCCGAAUCAUCGGCAAGCUUGCCGGCCAGAACCUCAAGCCUGUGCUUCUCGAGCUGGGCGGCAAGGCUCCUGCUAUCGUUUGCGAGGAUGCCAAUCUGGAUCUUGCCGCCCAGCAGUGCACACUCGGCGCCUUCCUCAACUCGGGACAGAUCUGCAUGAGCACGGAGAAGAUCAUCGUGCACAAGACUGUGGCCGCUGAGUUCGAGAAGAAGUUCGCCGAGUUUACCAAGAAGAUCUUCCCGGCAACCGCCGAUGCGCCCGUGCUCAUCACUCAGCCUGCGGUGGAGAAGAAUAAAAAGCUCCUUCGAGAUGCCACGGGCAAAGGAGCGACUCUGCUGCACGGAGACUUCGAGGCGGCCGAGUCUUCAGCCACCCGCCUGCGCCCCGUUAUAAUCAAAGGCAUUACGGCCGAGAUGGAUCUGUACCGCACGGAAUCCUUUGGUCCCUCGGUGGCGCUGUAUGAGUUCGAGAGUGACGAAGAGGCGCUGCGGAUCGCCAACGACACCGAGUAUGGCCUGUCGUCGGCAGUGUUCACAGAGGACCUCAGGAGAGGUCUGCGACUGGCCAAGGGAAUCGAGACUGGGGCUUGCCACAUCAACUCGAUGAGCGUUCACGACGAAGCCGCCCUGCCGCACGGUGGCGCGAAGGCCUCGGGCUUUGGCAGGUUCAACGCUAGCAUUGGCUUGGACGAUUGGGUACGGACGAAGACAAUCACGUACCAGUACUAG